AUGGAGCCAGCAGCCAGCAUCCCGCGGGCCCUGCGCUCUGAGGGCAUCCUGAGCUGGGGCCCCUGUGAGUUCACGCUGGCCACGGGCCUCCACAGUGACCGUGGAGACGCCCACCUGCAGCUGACCCGCCCCUGCGGGCCCCAGAUCUCGGUCCUCGGGCGCCUGAGCCACUCGCUGCCCCUGCUGGGCCGCCUGGGCCUGCCGUCUGGCAGUGCCAUUAACCUCACCGCCCGGGCUGGCCCCGAGGCCCACCGCUCCCUGGCCCUCCAGAUGGGGCCGUGCCAGCUGCAGGGCGCGCUGGAGCAGCAUGCUGGGGACCGAAGCACAUGGACACUGGCCACGGAGCCGGGCUGCCCGCUGCUGGAGCAGGGCCUGGGCCUCGCCGCAGGGACGCAGCUCAGUGGCUCUCUGCAGGCCGCCGGUGGGGAAGCAGAGGUGUCCGGGGCCCUUGCGGUGGCUGGCCAGACCGCCUCCCUGACCUUGGUGACGGCCGUCCUCCAGGCUGAGGCCACGCUCCGAGCGAAGCUGAGGCACACGCUGCCCGUGCUGUGGGCCGUCCCUGCAGAGACCUCGCUGACCGGCCGGCUCGGGUGGGGGGCCGGGCACCGGCUGGGUCUGCAGCUGCGGGCGGGGGCCUGUGAGCUGCGGGGCGGCGGCGAGCUGCGGCUGGACGGCAGGCUGCAGGGGCGGGUGCUGGUUGAGAGCUCCUGUGAGGCCCUGCAGGCCCUGGGGGUCCCGGGCCGAGUCGAGGGCUCCGGCUACGUCGUGGUGGACUCUGGGGCUCUGGAUGCCCAGGGCCUGGUCACCGUGGACGCCAGCACACUGCAGGGGCUGCUCGUCCUCAGGACCAGCGAGACCCAGCAGGAGGUGGACCUGUUGCUCACACACAGCCUGCCCCAGUCCAGCCGCUGGGCCCUCCCAGCCCGGGUCCUGCUGGACCUGGCCACCGAGAGGCGCGGGCCCAGCUACAGAUGCAUCCUGCGGGUCGGAGUGGAUGGCACACAGGUGUCCGAGGAGCUGACCUUCACUCGGCGGCCGGAGCACGUCUCCCUGAGCUACGCUCUCCAGCACAACGUCCCCACGCUGCGGGCGCUCCCCGUGGAGGACAGGAUGGGCCUGCAGCUCUCCGUGGAUGUUCCUGACGGCGGCUCCUGCUUUGAGCAUUCCGGGCGCAUCUGGGCCGGGCCCGCUUCUCUGAACUACUCCGUGAGCGGCUGUCACCGUGCCGGGUGCCUGGAGCUCUCCGGCCGCAGCCAGCACGACAGCGGCGCCCUGCGGCGGGCGGGGUUCCCGGGCGAGGCCCGCCUCAGCGCCGAGCUGCAGACGCACGAGACCCAGACCCGCGCUGGUGUGGCCCUCCAUGGGGACAGCGGGGUGAGUGUGGACGUGGCAGCCCUGGUGGCCCGGCCGCUGAACGGCACUCUGGAGCUGGUGGUGAACGUCAGCCACUCGGCGCUCGCUCUCCGGAGGCUGGGCCUGCCCUUCACCAGCCAGCUCGUGGUCCGGGGGCUCUGGGCAGAGGAAGAAAUGAGCUCCUUCCUGCAGCUGACCUGCGAUUCUCAAGCCAGCCUGGUCCUUGACGUCCGUGGCCACAACCGGGCACUCAGCAAAGAGCUGCAGCUGUGGGGCCGGCAUCGCCUCCCUGCCCUCCGGGGCCGCUGCCCCAGCAGAGCCUCGGCCGCAGCCAAGGUAAGCACAGCUGCCCCAGCCCGAGCCCUAACUGUUUCCAGAUGCCCCGGCCGAGGCAGGCGGGGCCGCCACCACGUCCACAUCUGUCGGCGUGCGGGCCUGCAGCAGGCCGCGGUGGGCCACCCUGGGAGACCCCCUGGCUCCAGCUUUCCCAAACAUGCCCAGGGUUACAUUCCUGGGCCGGCCCCACAGCCCCUAGCCGGGCCCAUGAGACCCUCGGGAGCCAGGCCAGGCCGGCCCGCCCUGGGCCUGGCGCCAUGUACCCCCUACCUGGCUCGCUCCCAGCAGCUGGAUCGGCUGCGGUCCUCUGAGGGGGAGGCCGAGAGCGCAUUUGUCUUGGCGGUGGAGGAGCAUCACUUCCGCAUCAGCACCAGGUUGGUGCCUGCUGAGGCCAGGCUCACCAACACCGUCAAGAUGGAACAGAACUUCCCCCAGCUCAGCGCCCUGCCUGGGGCACUGGUCCUGCAGACCUUGUGCGAGCGCACCCGUGGCACCCGCGUCCUGCACCAGACGGUGCUGUGGGACGGCCAGGAGGCAGCCCUCAACGGGAGCCUCUCGGGGUCCUUCCCCGAGCCCACCGGGAGCCUCGGCCUGCAGGUGGAGCUCACCCACCUGAUGCCGCUGCCCCUGCCGCGACACUGCCGCCUCCACCUGUCCUCCGAGCGCUCGCGACGCGGCCACCGGGAGGACCUGCUCGCGGGCUGGGAUGGCAAGGACCAGGUGGAGCUUGCCUGGAACAGAGGGCCGCCCGUGACCUUGCAUCUCACGUGGGCCAAUGGGUCCUCCGAGCACAGCACCUCCUGGGAAGGCUGUCUGGCGGCCUCCCCGGGGCAGCUCCGGGAAGCCUGGGGCCUGGGCGCCCUCAGGGCCUGUGGGGCCUUAACACAGACCCCAGCCGUGUUCAGUGAGCAGCUUGAUCUGUCCUGGGACCAUCGCCGGGUGCAGCAGAACCUGACGUACGAGAGGCUUCAGCCAUCCCGGCCAGACAAGAUCCGUGCGGAGGCCACCUUGGAGCACGUCCUCACGGCCCCCUGCACCACGCAGAACUUCUGGGGGACAGUGGAGACCGACUAUGCCCACAGGCUGCGCCAUUCCCUGCGCCUGGGGCUCUGCGGCCUGCCCAGGGCCCUCUCGGUCUCCGGGGAGCACACCCUGGGCAGCAGUGGGCUCCUGCUGCAUUCCCACUGCCAGCUGGGCCUCGCUCCGGACCCCGCCCACGGCCUGCACCUCAGUCUGACCCUCCGCAACCACAGCAGGCCCGGGAUGCCCGGCUUCUCCGGGGAGCUGGAGCUCCUCGGCCCCGAGGCUCAGCGGCUCGGCCUGGGGGCCCGGGUCUCCACAUCGGCUUCUCAGAGCUUGCUCCAGCUGGAGGGAAAUGCGGGCGACGGGGACGAGAGAGUGAGGCUGUCGCUGUCCCGGGCCCGCACCUGUCUCCAGGCCUCUGUGGCGCAUGAGGAAGGGAGCCAAGAAGAGAGCGUGGUGCUGCGGGCGUGUGCCCACAGGCGGACGGCUGAGGCGGAGGCCCUGACCCAGGCCAGUGGGCAGCCCAGCCAGCCCCUGGGACACCUGAGCCUGCAGGCCGCCAACCAGAGCCUGCGCUUGAGUGCACGCGGCUGCCCGGGGACCCUGCUGGGCCGCGUGGAGUCCAGGGUUGCAGCUGUGGGGUCCCACCUGCAAGCCCAGCUGGAGGAGAAGCUGCGAGGCUUGGAUGCCUAUGUGAGAAGGUUCCAGCACCUGGUGCAGCCGGCGGGCGCCCUGGAUGGUGUGGCAGGCCCCCUCCUGCAGCUGUCACAAGCGGGGCUGGGGGCCAUGCAGGCGAGUGGCUGGGCGGUGGCCGCGCUGUGGGGCCGGAGCCGGGCCAGGGCGCUGGUGCCCAACGUGCUGCUGCACCUGCAGAGGCCACAGGCAGCGCUGGACCAGCUGCGGGAGGAGCUGGAACGGCCCCUGGCCACACUGAAGGACGCCUACCUGGAAGUGACGCUGCGGCCCCUGGACGAGGUGUGGCGGGAGCGGGCCGAGGAGGCGGGGCGGCGGCUGUGGGCCUGGGUGUCCGCGAUGCCGGGGGCCUGGCGGCUGAGACCCAGCGAGGCAGCCCUGGAGGCCACGAGGGGCGCCCUGGAGCUGGCCGCCCACCAGAUGCAGUCAUGGGCCGAAGCCACCUUGUCCCGGUCCCUGAGGAGGCUCUGCAGACCCUUGCUGGACCUGUACAGCUUCUCAGCCAGGAACCACUCGCUGGUGGUGACCCUGCCGCUGCUGCCCGCAGGGGACGAGCCCCUGGACGUGGCCCGAGUGACCAGCUACCUGGUGGAGGAGAAGCUGCUGCGGCCGCUCCGAGAGCUGUACCAGGUCAACGUGCUGGCCGAGUACUACCGGCUCCAAGGCCGCCUGCUGGACGGCCCCCCUGGAUACCACGCUGUGGUGGCCGGGGCCAGGUACAUGGUGACCUUCGAUGGCCGGGUGUGGGGUCUCGGCGCCCCCUGCGGUGGCCUGCUGCUGGCCAAGGACUUUGCUCGGAACACGUUCUCACUGACGCUGAGCCGGGCGGGCUCGGGGCUCAUGUCCCUGUCCGUGAGGCUAAACCACACGACCCUCGUUCUCUACCCGCACCUGAAGACCUACAGGCUGUACGACUCCUCGCUGCCUGGGGAGAAUUGUCCCAACCUUGAUCUGCCUCCUGCCAAGAUGAGGAGGGACGUCCCCAGGAUCGAGCUGACCAGUGAGGAUGGCGUCUCUGUCGCCUGUGACGUCCGAGCCGGCCUCUGCAGCCUGACUCUGGGCCUCUGGCAGCACGGCGUGUCCGCCGGCCUCCUGGGAACCAACGAUAACGAGGCCGGCAAUGAGCUGAUGCUGCCCGACGGCACGGUGGCCGGCAGCCUGGAGGAGUUCACGCUCGCCUGGCAGGUGGGGGGCAACUGCAGGACCGUGGAGAAGACUCAGCAGGCUUGCCCCGGACAGAGUGCCCCCUGCCUGGCCUUCUUCCAGGACCCAGGCUCCAGCCUGGGGGACUGCUUCAGGGUGGUGGACCCCACACCAUUCCUCAGCCUGUGCAUCCGGGACGCCUGCGGCACCCAGGAUCUCCAGCCCGCCUGCACCCUGGCGGCCGCCUACAUCCACCUGUGUGCCCGGGCCUUUGUGCACCUCGCCCCGCUUCCUCAGUGUGUUUGAGAUUUUCCUUCAGCCGGCACCAGGCUGCCAAGAUUUCAAAGUCCUUCAGCUUCUACCACAAGCCCAGCUCCGCAGCAAGGUCAAGAUUCUUGGCCAGGACGGAACAACCAGCACGAGACGCCGGGGGGCUCAGAGAAGAGGGUGCUGGCUCCAGAUACCGGAAGGAGCAGUUUGCCAAUGCUUCAGAAUGCUUCUGGGGACAAGAAAGACCACAGCUGGUCUGGAUAAUUCUCCACCUUCCUCAAUACCUAUCAUCUAGGAGACAGCCUGGCCGCUGGACCCACCUCUGGGCGGGGCCUCCAGUCUGGCCACUGUCCUUGUCCUGGCUGUUUCUCACUUGCUCAGCUGAGGCCUCCGUGGUGUGAGCCGGGCUGCCCCCGGGGUCUCCCUAGCUUCCUCUGCCCUCCGCAGGGGUCUCCCCUGAGGCGUGAGGUUCCUUGAGGCGGGCUGAUGGCCCCAGAUCCUUCAUCACAAGCCCAGUUGGGGAGCUUCCCUCUUUGGGGUCGCUACUGAAUCUGGAACGGAACAUUCCGGGGGGUGUUUGAAAAGCCCUCCUUCCUGAAGGGCCGGUCUCCACAGACACAUGCCGUGGGCACUGGGCGCUCAGGCCCCGAGGAGACGGCACUCCAAGUCGUUCUUUCUUUGGGUGGCAGGCUUGUCCCUUGAAUGUUCAACCAAAACAUAAGGCUGGCGGAAUCCACGAUCUCGUCCGUUGGGUGGCUGCGGCCGACCGUCUGCUGGAGAACCGGGAGGCUGGGGGGCUGGGAAACCUGCCCACCCGCAGGGGGCCCCCUCUACACCCAGUCCCGGGGUCCAGAUUCUAGAGCAGAGGGCGAAGUGUCAGCCACGAGGACGGGGGCAAGCAGAAGGCCAGACGCAGUCGUCCGCCCACCCCCCACGUAAACCCCUGGCAUGCAGCAGGUGCUUAAUAAAGUUUAGAAGAGGGACAUCUAGAGAGUUCUAGAGUCUUGAGAAGAUGGAGGGUAUGGGGACGGGGAGCUGGUCCUGCACAUUCCCACCUCUGGAGGGAAAAGGGUCAGGAGGAGGGUUCUCGUUAAUUGAGCGAGGGCCAUGGUGUCACGGGUUACAACCCAGAGAGCCCGGAAUCCAGGCCCUGUUCUUUGAAAGACACUUGACCUUUUCUUAGUCCUUUUAAUAGCCCAACGAGGAAGGGAUGGCCCCAUGUAAUGGAAGAAGCAGUAGGCUCAGAGAGCCCAGGGCACUCACCCAAGGUCACACUGCCAGCAGACGGCCAGGCCGGCACUGAGCAGGGCAUGGGCCUCCAAGGCUGCCCGACCUCAGUCAUCCACCUUCCACUUUCCCAGUAGCUUUGUGCCGUGUCAUCCGCCCUUUAAGAAAGAGUCUGGUGAACUUCAGCCCUGCCCCAAGCCGUAAUAUGUAGUGCUUGUUCAUUUUUUCCUCAUACAACUUAAAACGCCCCAGAAGCCGUGUCACGCACCGUCAGAAAUGUACCCACAACGGGGGGGAAGCGCUGUGCUGGGCCCUGUUGCCGGAGCUCAGCCCAGGAAGAGGGGAAAGGAGAGAGUUCACGAUGGAAAGCAAGUCGCUGGAAUUGGGGGGCAGAGGGGAGCCCUGAGCAGUUCAGUUUGAUGCGCUCACAGUUUGCAACGAUGCAACCGGUGGGUUUCUAAAUCUGCUCAAUGGAUCAGUGAUUUCCAGUCCAGAAACAAAACUGGCGACUUCCAGCCUGCCUCCCACGCUGUCCACCCCGCACUGACCAGGGACACGGCCGUGGGCUGGGCCCCGCAGAGACCCAGGGAAGGAGACACCCCUCCCCUGUCUCAAGGCAGACUUGUCAACAUCAACGCCCCACACGUGUGCAGAAUUUACAGAAAAACAGAUGAGAGAAGAAAGGAUUCCAUUAGAAACACCUAUAAAUAUUCAUGUCUACAGCAGAUAGAGAGCAAGUACAAAUAAAUUCUGAAAAAACGGA